CGCGGUGGAGAGCAGAGGAACCGAGCAGAGGAACCGAGCAGCGCUCCAGCGGGCAGGACUCUGUGUUGGAGUUCUUGUAGAUACAAAGCUCAUCCUUACAGGACGCGGAAAAAAUAAUCCAUACGUCCAAACUCGGGCUGCUGUUGAAAAAUUUAUUCUAAUAAUUAAUCUUUAUUAUUUGUCUUUACAGCACAGCAUCGACUGAAGCAUCAUGACUGACAGGAAAGCUGUGAUCAAGAAUGCUGACAUGUCUGAGGACAUGCAGCAAGAUGCGGUGGACUGUGCAACACAGGCCAUGGAGAAGUACAACAUUGAGAAGGACAUUGCAGCGUAUAUCAAAAAGGAAUUUGACAAGAAGUACAACCCAACAUGGCACUGCAUUGUGGGAAGAAACUUCGGCAGCUACGUCACCCAUGAGACGAAGCACUUCAUCUACUUCUACUUGGGUCAGGUGGCCAUCCUCCUGUUCAAAUCCGGCUGAAGUCUUACAGCGAAGGAGAAGAACGUUCUUUUCCAACAUGGACCAAGAUGCACUAGUGGCCAAUGUCCUGUCUAACCACAUGCUACAAAUAUUAAAACAAGGCCAUACCAUGACUAUGCUGACUGUGCGUAACUGCAUGGGUCGUAUAUCAUACUAAUUGUGCAUAUGUUGCGGUUAAGUUGCUUUUCAGUAGGUGUCCCAUGUUCAUCGGGAGAGUUUUUUUGUUUCUUAUCCAGAUGAGGUUGUUCAAGCAUAGGAGCUGUGAAGCCAGGAGUUAAAUUCCACUAAAUAAAGCAAUGGCAGAUUAAACACGAGUGUAUUUGUAUGAUUUUUUUUUUUUCUUCUUCUGAGAGAUGUUUUGUUUAAGUGAUCAGUGCUGCCAUGUAGUUUUAACGAGCACAGUGUGUGUCUGUAUCCUGGUGGAGAUGGAGAAUAAUGGAAAUGUGUAUGUUGGUUAACCUAAACAUGGGUGAUUUGUUCGUUGGUUUAUUUCAUGUUACUGGUAUGGAGACGUGCUUGUAUGCUAGGAAGCAGAUGUGUUCCAGACGCACAAAUUCUACUCUGUGAGUCUGCAUUUCCUUUUGUUUAAAGUGCAAUACAAUGGUACAAAUGUGUUAUGUUUAUUGGGGAAUAAUCUAUGAUGUAUUAAACAAACUGCUUUUCCAGCGUUA